AUGUCAGCCCGCAAGCCCCAUGGACAGAGCUACGCCGACGUUGCCGCCAACCCACCACCAAAGACCGACUCCAUCGUGGCCCCAGCCGUCCCAAGUGAUGUGAUCUUCAAGCUGCUCGCCUUCACUGCGGCCAUGGUGUUUGGCCCCAUCGGCAUGUAUUUCCUGACUGUGAACACCAUCUUCGGCGGAAACCCAACAUAUGCCGGAAUUGUUGCAGCAGUUACGGCCAACGUGGUAUUAUUCGCCUAUAUCUACGUUGCCUGGAAAGAAGACCAGGGAGACCGAGAAGAAGCCGCCAAGGCCAAUUCAAAGAAAGGACAGUAG